UCUGGGACCACUUCCUCUUUGCUCACUGAGGAGCAGGGAGCAGGCCUGCUGAGCCCUGGGGAGGGACUCCAGGAUGCCUUAGCCCAUCUGUGACUGCAGGUGGGGUGGCUGAGUGUGCUGGUUGGAGACUUCCCUCCCUGCUUCAGGCACCACUGAGGGCCUCCCUGGAGCCCUGCAGGAUGGAGGGGGCAAGUAAGGAGAAGCUGGCAUCUGUGUCCAGUCUGGUGACUGUGUUUGAGAACAGCAGGACCUCAGGAGCAGCACCCAGAGUACACAGGCAGGAGGCCCAGCAUCACCGCCCUGGGUGCAGGCCUCCCUCUCCUGCAGAACUGUGGGAGAGGCCCACCGUGGGGGAGGCCCUGGAGUCUGAGCCCAGGACAGUCAGCAGGAGGUACCUGAACUCCCUGAAGAACAAGCUGUCCAGUGGGGCCUGGAGAAAAUCUUGCCAGCCUGGGACCUGCCCCGGCCCAGGGACUCAGGAGCCUGAGGAGAAGAGAAUUGUCCAGGAACUGCUGGAGACCGAGCAGGCCUAUGUGGCCCGCCUCCACCUGCUAGACCAGGUGUUCUUCCAGGAGCUGCUGAAGGAGGCCCGCAGCAGCAAGGCCUUCCCCGAGGAUGUGGUCAGGCUCAUCUUCUCCAACAUCUCCUCCAUCUACCAGUUCCAUGCGCAGUUCUUUCUCCCAGAGCUGCAGCAGAGGCUGGAUGACUGGACAACCACCCCCCGCAUCGGCGACGUGAUCCAGAAGCUGGCCCCCUUCCUGAAGAUGUACAGUGAGUAUGUCAAGAACUUCGAGCGAGCCAUUGAGCUGCUGGCCACCUGGACUGACAAGUCACCGCCCUUCCAGGAGGUCAUCACCCGCAUUCAGAGCAGCGAGGCCUCGGGCAGCCUGACCCUGCAGCAUCACAUGCUGGAACCUGUGCAGAGAAUCCCACGCUAUGAGCUGCUGCUCAAGGAGUACGUCCAGAAGCUGCCAGCCCAGGCCCCAGACUUGGCUGAUGCCCAGAAAGCCCUCAACAUGAUCUUCUCAGCUGCUCAGCACUCCAACGCAGCCAUCACUGAGAUGGAGCGGCUACAGGAACUGUGGGAAGUGUACCAGCGCCUGGGCCUGGAGGACGACAUAGUGGACCCCUCCAAUACCCUCCUCCGCGAAGGCCCUGUCCUCAAAAUCUCCUUCCGCCGCAACGGCCCCAUGGAGCGCUACCUCUUCCUGUUCAACAACAUGCUGCUCUACUGUGUGCCCCGGGUCAUCCAGGUGGGCGCCCACUUCCAGGUCAGAACUCGCAUCGACGUGGCUGGAAUGAAGGUGCAGGCAGGCCCUGGGCAAGCCUCGACCAUUCUGGAUAUCACUUCCUACCUGGCCUCUGGGCUGCUGGUUCGAGAGCUGACUGACGCCGAGUUCCCCCACUCCUUCCUGGUGUCCGGGAAGCAGCGCACCCUGGAGCUGCAGGCCCGGUCCCAGGAGGAAAUGAUCUCCUGGAUGCAGGCCUGCCAAGCAGCCAUUGACCAAAUCGAGAAGCGGAAUGAAACCUUCAAGGCUGCAGCCCAGGGCCCUGAGGGAGACACCCAGGAGCAGGAGCUGCAGUCCGAGGAACUGGGCCUCCGGGCGCCGCAGUGGAUCCGAGACAAGAUGGUGACCAUGUGCAUGCGCUGCCAGGAUCCCUUCAACGCCCUGACGCGCCGGCGCCACCACUGCCGGGCCUGCGGCUACGUGGUAUGCGGCAGGUGCUCUGACUACCGGGCCGAGCUCAAGUAUGAUGACAACAGGCCCAACCGCGUCUGCUUCGACUGCUACACAUUCCUCACUGGCAACAUGAUCCCUGAGGACAAGGAGGACAAGAGGCGAGGCAUCCUGGAGAAAGGAUCUGUGAUGGGGUCCGAGCAGAGCCUAAUGUGCAGCUUCCUCCAGCUCCUUGGGGACAAGUGGGGCAAGAGUGGGCCCCGGGGCUGGUGUGUGAUCCCCCGCGACGACCCCCUGGUGCUCUAUGUCUACGCUGCCCCUCAGGACAUGCGGGCUCAUGCCUCCAUCCCCCUGUUGGGCUACCAGGUGACUGCUGGGCCCCAGGGGGACCCCCGGGUCUUCCAGCUGCAACAGUCAGGCCAGUUCUACAUCUUCAAGGCCGAAACUGAGGAGCUGAAGGGCCGCUGGGUGAAGGCCAUGGAGCGAGCGGCCAGUGGCUGGAGCCCUGGGGAGCCCAGUGACGGGGACCUCUCCGACUGAGGCACCGCUGGCCAUGCUCCCCUCGGAGCCCCUCUCCUGCCAUGGGCUGUCGCUUUGGCUGACCCACCACCCCAAGCUGAGUUUUCAAAUAACAGGUUUCUAUAUGUCUGUGCUCGAA